AUGCGUCGACGACCGGCGGCGCCGUCGCACAUGCGCGCCCUGACGCGCCCCUGUUCGUCCACCGAUUUCGAUUUUAGUCACUCCCGGGUUCGGCUUCAGGGAAAAUCGUUCCGUUCUCGUAGCGAGCCACGCUGUCCAGACGCGUCGCGAGAAAAAAAAAAAAGAGAUUGGCACUAUUACAAUCACCUUCUCAAACAAAUUCAACUAGCAAGACUAUAAGAAUAGCAGCACAAUCCUUGGUAAGAUCUCAUAUUAGGAACAUUGCACCAGCACCUAUAUCGCAGCAACAACAGCAACAGCAGCAACGACAACCAAAGACUCUUGUUUGUUUAAGAUGGAACAGUUAUCAUAGUAACAUGCAAAACAGUUUUCCAUCUUUGUUGGAUUCUGAACAGUUCGUUGAUGUUACCUUGGCCUGCGAAGGUCGUUCGUUAAAGUGUCAUAAAAUGAUACUUUCAGCCUGCAGUGAUUAUCUCGCGGAUUUAUUGCGCGAGAAUCCGUGUCAGCAUCCAAUUAUUUUAAUGAAGGAUCUUAAAUUUUGGGAAGUUGAAGCACUAGUCAAAUUCAUGUAUCGCGGAGAAGUGAAUGUAGCCCAUGAUAAACUACCACAAUUGUUGAACGCAGCUGAAGCGUUACAAGUAAAAGGAUUAGCUGGACCAAAUCCUUCUUCACAGAAUCCAAAGCCACCUCUGCUUAUUCCGCAAUCGAAGCCAGUACUAUCUCAACCAAUUCCUCGAACUGCUUCAGAAACCAAAGAGAAACCUUCCACUUCUGGAGUUUCUAUACCUUCUAGUCCUAAACGUGCGCAAAAACGACAACACUCAGAAUCGAUUGAGCCAAAACCUUUUACAAAGAUACGCUUACAACGACCUGUCACACCUACAUCGCCAACUACUACGGUUAAAAUGGAACCCCUAGAUAUUCCUCUCAGUCCUACGGAAAUGUUCCCUGAGAAUAAUGAGGAUAGUUCAACUCCGUCAAACUUCGACAAACUUAUGAGUUUACACGAGGAGGAUGAUCCGGGUGGUAAUGAAACUACUGAUGGCGAAAGAGAAAUUCAUUUCUGCGAGAUGCCCGAGCCACCUGAUAUAAACGAAGAUCAAAUGGAAUUUGUACCUACGGACUUUUUAGAACAGGAACAAGACAUAGUCGAAGAAACGGAAACAACCUCGAACAAAGAUUGCAAAGAAGAAUCUAGAGAGGAUUAUACUUUUGUUGAAUUUGAGAUUGGUGAAGGAGACAGAGUCGAAAAGGAACAAUAUUCAAAAGAAAAGAAACCGGUUCAGUGAGAUGUUCUGAAUUCAGUAUUUGGUUUAUUUGAUGAAAAUGGAAUUAGAGUUUAGGUUUUUAAUAAAUUCUUGGAAUUAUCCAGUAUUGUUAUAAGACUUUUAUGUUAUCGAGUAUUGAUUUCGAUGAUUUCCUUUUUUUUUCG